GUUUAAUAGCGGAAGUCGUCAUAUUUUAAAAUAGUAUCAAGGAUUGCACCAUAAGAAGCGCUGCCGGUGUAAGACUGGGCAGUAAACGAAUGUAAGGCAAGGAGGAAGAACGUAGAAACACAAGCCAGUCCCGGCCAAGCCCGGCGCCGUCAGAAAAGAAAGAGUGACAGGAAAACCGACUCUGCCCCCAGAGCUCGUACGAAGCCAAGGGAGAGAUCGAGGAAAGAAAGAAACUUGGAAUCUUAAAUCCAAGAUAGAAAAGUUACGACAAAUCGUAACAAUUCACUCUCACGGAGACCCAGCAAUACGGCAGAAUUUAGCGAAAUGUUUGAACAGACGAUUAGCAUCAACGACGUCGCCGAACAUGGCAUCGUCCCAAGAAGCGUCGACGAGCUCGUCGACAUGUUGGACAUCGGGGCUGGACUUGCUGGAGAAUUUGGAUCUGAGUCUGUUUACGGACUCGUUUCAGAUGCCACCAUCCCCAAAUUCCAACAAUUCUCUACAUUUGGUACAGAAUCCAAGUGGCCUAUUUGACAACGAGCAAGCUGGAAUCAAACCUGAUCCAGCUGCCACGGCCUUUGACCUGAAAACUGAUUUUGAUGAUGCGGGGGGUGAGCCAAGUUUGGAUAAAAUGGGCGGUGACGUCCUUGACAUGCUCACUUCCUUCUCUGAUGAUGUCGAUGACGAGUAUCUCAAUAGCUUCAUGGACCUCACAGGAUUCCUCCAGCUGGAGGACUCCAACAUGGGAAAACCCGAGGAGGUGGCUCUGAUAACUGAGCCUGAAGUUAUUGAAAAACCUGUCCAGACAAAGUCGCAGAAGCGUAAGCUUGAUGAUGAGGUGUUCGAAGAGACAGAGCCAUUCUCAGCCAGCAUCGAUCAUGACUAUGUCUCCAAGAAGCCUCGCACAUCUCUUGCAACAGAUGAUGAGGUGUUCGUCUUUGAAGAACCUAAGGCGAAGAUUCCUCCCGUUGAGAAAUAUCGAGAGAGGAGAGUCAAGAAUAAUAUUGCGUCCAGGAGAUCUAGGGAAAUUCGCAAACAGAAGUUUGCGAACAUGGAAGACGAGGCAGAACGACUAGUUGUCGAGAAUGCCAAACUUCGUGAGCGCAUCACUGAAAUGGAACAAAUGGCGAAAGAGAUGAAAGCUACUCUGAUCAGUAAAUUGGCAGGGAAGUAAAUGACAUGUACCUUCGCGGCCGUGAAGGGACUGACAAUUUACUGAGAAGAUAGAAUUGCCUCCAAGCCAUUGUCCAAGCCAUUGUGACAAUUCCUAAUAUGUUGCCAUAGCUAUGGUAAUUAUAUAUUCUAUUUAUCAUUAAUGGAAAAAAAUGUAUUGUACAGUACAAUGUACAAAAAAAGUUUAAAAUACGAAAUAUAAAAAAAAAAUGAAUUUCAAAUCUGACAACAUGUAUAUGUUUUUGUUGGUCAGUUUGAUUAUCAUCUUAAAUUCAUUUUGAAAUGUUUUUAUUGAAGCUUUGUAUUAUGUGUUGUUAACAGUGAAAGCUGUUUUUCAUUAUAAUUUACCUCAGGAGCAAGUGGUUUUUAAUUAUCAUCGGGAGUCCGAGGUUAUACAUCUUACGAGCAAGUCUAUGAUGUUGAAAUUAUAUUUGUGCUAGCAGAGGCCAAGCACUGCCCUCCCAUGUACAUAUGUUAAAACCAUGGCGAGGGCAAAAAAAAACCUGGUGUCCAAUUAUUUGUUAACAUUUAUUUAUUUUCCAUUUUAAGUUAAAUACUAUUUAUCAUUUCAUUUUGAUUGUUCAAGAUACUGAUUUAAAUAAUGACAAUAUUUUUUAUGAAACAAAAUUUUGAAUAAUUGAUGUUUUAAUUGUCAAGUGCUAGAAGAAUUCUGUGGUAAUGAUCAAGUACCUAAAGACGAUGAAUGGAUAUGGUUUGAAUACAUAAUUUUGUGAAUUUGGCAUACAAUAACUGUUUUAUGCAAUUUAGUAAGUGGGUAUCUUGCAUAAAUAUAGAAUCAAAAUGAAAUGUAUUUCAUUUUCUUUAAGUUUUGAUAAAUGGUACUAUUAUUAUUUGUUAUAUUUUUGUUACUAGUAAUGCAGAUGAUGUUUUUUUUAAAGUAAAUAAUGUCAGCAAUUUUUCUGUGACUUUAUUGAAUUUUCAAGUUCUUUUUCUUCAACUGAUGAUUGAUAUUCAUAAAUCUUGUACAGUAAAUCCUUGGUACAAGAUUGCAUGCAUCUCAACAUUAGUUUGUUUUUGUCUUUAUUUUCUUUCUCACUUUUUUUAAACUGUUUACAUUUUUAUAUUCUUGAUAUAAUGCCAAAUCUAUAAUGGCAGUAUAAGGUUUUACUGUUCCAAAUUUUGUAAAAGUAUUGUGUAAUUGAUGAAGCUGACAUUGCUUACUGAGUGAACAAACAUCUGAGAGAGAGAGAGAGAGAGAGAGACAAAGACUUGUAAGGACUAAGAUGUAACAUGGACAUUACGGUUAAUAUGUAUUGGGUGGGAACAUUUUAAAAGUUACAACUAGGACAGUGUGUUGUGAAAAGUGACCCAAAAUCUGAUGUGUAGUAGUGAUAUAAAUUAAUUACUCCGGGAUUAUUUUAAUGACUUAAAAAAUAUUUUGGAAUGUAUUGAAAUAAAAGAUGGGAGUUGGGGAAGAACAAAGAAAAAAUAUAGAAAUAUUUUAGAAUGUAUUGAAAUAAAAGAUGGGAGUCGGGGAAGAAGGAAGGAACAAUUAUUUUUUAAUAAACCGAAAUAUUUUCUAAUAAGUGAAGGGUUGGUUGGAGAACAUUGAUGAGAAUUAUUUACAAUAUGAUGACAAUUAUUUACAAUAAGCUUGCAAGGACUGAGACCAUUAAACCAGGUUUGCUGCAGUCGUUAUAGGGUUACACAGAAAAUCAUAUACAUUUAUGUAUAUGUAUAUGUAGACAAAAUCAUAUAGAUUAUUCAUGAUGCAUGGCAACUAGUCGUAUUUCUGACAGAAACCUGGUUUAAUAUUUGAAUGUUGUACAUAAACGGUUGUCUACCUUAGCCUUAUUUUCCAUGGUAUGCCAUCAUUUUGCACAUUAAUUUUACACUCGCUUAUCAUUUCAAUAACUUUUACAUUAUAAUGGCAAUCAGGUGGGGAAAACGUUGAAAAAAAAUAAUUUUUUUUUGCAAUUUUUUGUAUUUGAACUUUGUAAAAUUGAUGGAUGACAUUUAGUAUAGAUUACAUUGAGAUUUUAUUGUGUAGAUUGAUAUGUUUUAUGUUGAGACAGCAGAUAAACAUUGUGAUGUGAUGGUGAAUGUAUAACUUCAGAAUAAAUUUCACAAAGUACUAAUUAUAAGACCAUGGAUAAUGUGAGAGAGUGUUCGAUAUUUACAUUUGGUGUUUUUGUCAAGGAAAAAUUGUUCAUUGUUUUUGUGAUGCAAAAAGUAUAGAGGAUGAGGAAUUUGGAAUAUAUGAAAUUGGGAAAAAUAUUUUAGUACUUGCCUUUGAUAUACUGUAAAUCAGCUCUUUAAACAGUUACUGAUACACUUGAAAAAUAUUUUGAAAGAGAGAGUUGGUGGGUAAAAUUGUUACAAAACCUUGUUGAAGUUGAUACAUGUGAAGAAAAGAAAGAAAAAAAACCUUAAAAAAUAAAAAACAUCAAAAUGAA